CUUGUGAACUGUUCAAAGGCUGCUACUUGUAUGGGGUGCCGGAGGCCUGUAUCUGCUUUAAAAUCUAUGCUAAAGUCUUUAAAUGGAUGCCUCUUAAAAGAAAACUCACUUUCAUCCGACCCCUGGCUCCAUGGCUCCAUCAAACACUACUGAUGUCAACUCCACAGCUCUCAAUAACACCAUUUUUAUGAAGAGGAUUUUGCCGACACUGUAUGUUUUUCUUUUCUGUGGGGCACUUGUCUUAAACUCAUUGGCUACUUGGAUUUUCUUCAGAAUUUCCAAUCAGUCUAGUUUUAUCGUCUACCUCAAGAACAUGGUUGCCGCUGAUAUUUUCAUGACACUCUCCUUUCCUUUUAAGAUCAUAGGUGACUUUGGCCUUGGGAACUGGCAGCUCAGAGUCAUUGUAUGUCGUUACUCUGCUGUUGUUUUCUACCUAAACAUGUACAUUGGAAUCAUCUUCCUGGCAUUAAUAAGCCUGGAGCGCUUUAUAAAAGUGGUCAGAAAUUCGGGUAACUCCAUUAUUCAGAGUGUCACCAUCUCAAAAUCCCUAUCAGCAGGAAUAUGGCUCAUGAUGCUCAUUCUUCUUGUGCCAAACAGUAUUUUAACAAAUGAAAAUCCAACAGAAGAAACUUCUAAACACUGUUUUAAACUGAAGAGUAGUCUUGGAAUGAAAUGGCAUAAGGUUUCUACCUAUUUCUGCAUAAUCAUCUUUUGGGUUUCUUUCAGCGUUCUGUUAUUUUGUUACACAUCCAUUGCAGUAAAAAUUUAUAAAUCCUACAAAAACUGCAGCCGUGACAACUCAGUCACAAGGAGAAAAUUCAAUCGAAACAUUUUUAGUGUUUUGAUUGUGUUCAUUGUUUGCUUUGUCCCCUACCAUGUGUGCAGGAUUCCUUACACGUUAAGUCAAACUGGCAUCUCAUUCAGCUAUCAAGGUCAGCUCCUGUUGUUUCAUUUCAAAGAAGGCACUCUGUUUUUAUCCGCAAUGAAUGUGUGUCUUGACCCUGUGAUUUACUUUCUCUUGUGCAAAACAUUUCGACGAUUACUGAUGCAAACGUUUUCCAAAACUGAAAUUGAUGUAAGUAAGAGGAUGCCUUCAUCUCCAAACAGUGAAAGCAUACUCUAGGAAUUACUGAGCCUGGACAAUUCACGGCGGACGGCACCAGGCCUUUAAGAAUUCAUCUCUCCUGAUUGUCUUGAGAGAAGUUUGGAACCUCACAUUUGAUCUUAGAGAAUCAUGUCCUGUUGAUACCCUUCCAGUGGCGCAGGAGCAGAUGAUUUUGUCUGCUCAAACGUCCAUCAGGAACAAAGCAGAAAACUGGAUAGGGCGUCAGACACUUACACUCACCAGUUAACCUGGCAUGGGUGUGUUUGGGAUGGGAGUACAUUCUCAAAAGUGGUAGUAAUAGUUAACUACAGUUCAUUGUACCAUGUAUAAAAGAUGGCAUUACGCCCAUACCCCGCAUCCCUCACCUUUAAUGAGUCAGACAUAGCAAUUCUGAUAGAACAUAGUAACAUUUUACUGGGGUAUAUACAGAAUAUAUUGAAAAUUCAUAAAUAAAUACUAUAUGCCAAUUAAUUAAAUUUGUUUACAAAAUGUAAUAAUUUAUUUAUUAAUUUAAAAAAGUUGGAUAGAUUUGAUUUAAAGAAAAAAUCUUGGACGGUUGAAUGGAUGAUGCCAUUUUCAUUAGACACCCAGUAACAGCUCACAUGUGCAAUGGAACAUGGUAAGAUUGGGGCAUUCUAGGAAGAAAAGCAAAUACAACAAUGUAAGAAGGGUAAAAUUAUACAAUAUAGUUUGUAAUAAACCUUGGAAAUUGGUAUGAUUUAUGAAUUUAGCAGUGGCCAUCUGACAAUUAAAACUGUCAUUAAUACAUGGCUAGAGAAAAGCAGCUUACCAAUAUACUGUAUCUACUGAGGUCAAUUCAUUGUUAAACAAUUCAGGGUUUUGGGGAGCAGAGCCAUUGUAGAAGCAAAACCCAGCCUUGGACAUACUGACAGUUCAUUUCAGGGAUCAAAUAUGCACACAAUGACCAGUUCACCUAAUUUGUACAUCUUAGGGGGUGUGGGUGGAGCACAGGAGUAACAAGAAGAAAAUUCAUGCAUCAUAUGGGAAGAACGUGCAAAUACCACACAGACAUUGAUCGGGAUGAAGGGUAAUCCAAGACAUCAGAUCUGUAAGGCAACAGCGCUAACAUCUGCAGCAUUUAGGAUCAAACCUUUGAUUAUUGUUUGUUAAGCAACCCAAAUUCCUGGUGCUUGUGUCUAGUUUAAGUAAUAUUUUAUUAUUGAUUGAAUUUGCUGCUGCCUUAGUAAUGUCUUUUCAAAGCAGCCAAUGUAAGGCUCCUGCAUCACACUUCAUGUAAAUUUCACACUGCAGCUACCUCACUUAAUGAAGAGUCAUGUGGAAAAAUAAGAAACAAAAAUAAGGCGUUGGAUGUCCAUUCAGUUAUCUAUUACCGGUUUUGUUUAAUCCUACAGUAUUUAAGAUCACAGUGGGUGACUGGCAUUUUAAAAAAGAAAUUUCCAAAAAUCAUUGUGAAUGCAAGGAAACAAAUGGAGUGCUUUGGUAAUUCCCUUAAAUGAAGCAAGCUGUCCACCGACACUUUUAUUGUACUGGUGUAUUGGUAUAUGAGACAUUAGCUUUGAGGAUAUGGUAAAAUGUUUUGAAAUAUUGUAAGAAGUUUUAACAUAUAGCCUCUUCAAAACAAAUGUCACCCUCAGCCCCUUCAUUACUUUUUGCUAUGCAGUAUUACUUGAUUCAUUUGUUAUUUUUAAGUAUUGCUGUAAAUUAAAGAAAGAAUCUGAUAAUAUUGUUUAUCCUUAGUGUUUUGAAAUCUUAUGAAAUCAUAUUUAAAAAGCCAUUGUAAGUUGUAGUCCAAGAAAGGGAAUUAUGGGAAAACAAGGUUUUAGGGCACUAUGAGGGUGUGGA